AUGGAAUUCGAGGGUAGAAACCUUGCUGGUGAGCUGUUGUUAGACCUCAGGCAAUGUCUGAAUGCAACAGGAGACGAAAAAUAUUGUACGGCGUUUCUACCAUUUGAAGUACAGCAAAAGUCCGAAAAUCUUACUUCUUCAUGGUUGCCUAUAACCCAAGUAGGAACUACUUCUCAAUUUGCUUGCCUAAGCCUCCUUCUUCUUCUGACCAUGACCCCCUCUGUUCCGCCGACAACGAUCAAUAGUGCCAUUGUUGCAGCGAUCUUCUCCUGUCUAUAUGUCAGUCUUGCUAUCACUCGAUUCAUGCACGAACCACCAGUAUUAACCGCUAAGAGUAUAAGGUCUUUCUGGUUGACAACAGUUCCUGAUGCAGUUGCAGCUCACAUCGUCUUCAUUCUCCUCAUCUGUUUUCUUCCUUGGCAAACUGUUAAGCUACACAUGCUGACUGAACAAUGGAUCAAAUUUAUUCUCAAAGCGAAGGUCGAGCUUACUCGAUGUCGUUUCGCCCUCGAAAAUCUUUUGGAAAAUAGAAUCCCCAGGACAUACAUGCAGAUGGAACCGAACAGAACACUAUCGGAGUCGACUGCAGAUUCAGCUAAUUUAUCCGAUCUUUUUCCUCCUAAAGAAAACUUAGCUACAGCAGUUAUUGCAAUCACCAUCCAUGGAAUUGGAAAAGGCGACGAGAUGCUACAACAUCAGCGUUCACCAAUCAGAACCGCUGGGUUAAGCCAAUCAAUAACUACCACAGCAACUACAGCUUCUUCGUCCAAUAGCGUCUCAGCAAGUCAUCGGUCUCGUGAAGCUACUGUCAUAGCUGAUGCUGUGAGGAGAUUGAAUCGUCGAAUAUGCCUUGUCGAUCAAAUGGCCUAUGGAGGAGAUAGUGAAGAGAAUCCAGAAUUAAUCGAUAGUUCUGUUGAAAGAAUUAUUAAAUCCAUUUCAAGACCAUCAUUGCCACUUAUAAAAGUUUAUUCGGUUGGCAAUUGUAUUGCUUAUGCCCUAAUGGAAACGGAGGCAAAGGAUUCCCUUUCGAAACUUGGUGCAUUUACGGCAUUUCUCAUUAGACUUUUUGAAGAGUUAGAGAGUCAUUAUCUUCAGAAAUCUGGAGAAGAACAAAGAAAUGCCUACGAGACCUUUGCUUGCCGUCUUCAGAUUGGUCUUCAUGUAGGAGCCACGGUCAGCGGUGUAGUCGACGGUCCCCAAUUCCUUCUUCUCCACGAAACCCUGGAGUUUGCUCUUCGUCUAGCCACUUCCUCACCUCCCUCCCUAAUCGACAAGUCGAUAAUCAUCGCUUCGUCUGACUUUGUUGCCCACAGAGGUGGGGAGCGUCUUAUUGGACUGCAGGCGAUUGGUGUUAAUGGUUCAAGCGGUGAAAAUGACGCCUUUUUGUGGUGCAGUGAUGCUCAGCAUAUUUCGCGUCUCUCAUCCGUUAUGCGACCGGUAUUGAGUUCAGCCAUUCAACCUCCUAUUGUCAGAAAUAGGUCAAAGAAGACUGUGACCUCUCCCAAGUUCUCCCAUCCAAGAUCUACCACAUCGGCCAAUUCGAACGCAACACCACCUCCGCCACCACCUCCACCGCACAAACGCAAUUAUGCUACUGGCGAAGCUAGAUAUCAAAAUCAUAACUCCCCUCUCAUUUCAAACCGCAAUAGGAAGAUGUCUUCGCCUUUGCUUCCCCCAAGACAUGCCUCUCCUUCUUCUAAAUGGACUCAAAAUACCGUCUCAUUGGACGUCCAUGAAGAUAAUGUUGACAGAGCAUGUUUUGCGAUGGGUGAUGUUGAGAUCGUGAAUGGCUACGCUCAACCAACAACCCGUUUACUCGGAAACGCAGCCACGACGUCUCCAUACUGUGUCACGAAGGAUACAAGCGGUUAUUCCAAUCACACAAACCGACAGUCGGCUUUUGAAAUGCAUAAGAGAGGGACUAUUCUAAUUGAUGCCUCAAAAAAUCCCUUAAUGUCUCUCGAAAACGACUUCUUGGUCGUGGAAGGUGCUUGUGAACGAAUUGCUCAAAGUGAUGGAGUGACUUCUGUAUCAUCUAUGUCACCUAGUAACACAACUCAUCACCACAGCAACCCUCUGUACACCGAUAAUGAAUACUAUGAUGAGGAGGAUUUGAGCGUUGACGGAAUUGAUGAUAUGAAUGGAAUUAAAAAUCCUGAAGGCGUAUCAGACGGUGGACUAGAUGCUGGUUUGGAAUGGCUGCAAAGAGCUCCUAUGGUAGGGGAUUUCACCGUCUCAGUUACUUCAAAUGGAUCAAAUUAUCCAAACUACCGUCGACCGUCACCUCCUCCCUCUAAUCGAAGGCGAACGCUUUACGAUAGUUCAUUGGCUGUUGGUGAUUCGCCCUUAGGCAAUGAAAAUAAUGAAAAUCGCAGGAGAUUAUCAAUAAAGCAAAGUGACAACAAAUCAGUAUCAAUUGAUAUGUUGAGCACCUGUGUGGCACCCUCGGUCGGUUGUGAAUAUGAAUUCGAAGCAGUCACAACAGACUUCAGCGUCAAUGAAAACGACGGCGAUGACGUCGAUGAUUUUGACGAUGAUGAAAAUGAUCAUGAUCUAGAAAUGGAUGUAUCAGAAGCCAACAAUGAGGAAUCUCUUCUCCCAGAACCCAUAAAUGUUCCCCUACUCAUGGACACCUCCUGGAUGGCCUCUGCAGAUGGAGCUGGUCAGAUUCAUGAUGAUAACGACGGUGGCGCGUUAAAAGUGAAGCAAAAGAUGAGUGACUCAAUGUUGGUGGAGACCGGAGGACCUCUUGAAGAUGACUUCUCUGAAUUUUCGUCGUCAGCAGCUGCCCCGAUCGUCUCCGGAGUAAAUGAUGAUGCUUCCUCUUCAGUGAAUAAUUUGGUUACUUACACUACUGACGAAAAUCUCGACGAAGACUGUUCCGACUCUGCUUUUCUUCCUGUCUACUUCCCUCUUCCUGACCAAUCCUCCAAUCAGCGUGGACGUCGACUUCCAGAUGUCGCUCCUGUCAGUCUUCCUAAUUUUGGUGUGGGCAACACGGGUUUGCCUAUGGCCAAUCAAAUUCGAAAACCUUCCUCCCCUCCUCUUCUUAUGGACCUCACUUGUGUUCCACCAAUGGCAAAUUCAAAUACAUCUGACUUGGCUGAAUAUGAUAACCUUGAAAACGCUUACUCUUCACCACCGCAACCUGCAGUACAAGCAUCGAUUAUUAAUAAUCGAUUGCCGCUCAAUACUCCACAGCGCAGUGGGGGUUGGAGACCACGUGAUGCAAGAAACCAUCGAAAGGGUUGUGGGGGUUUCCAGUUGCUUGAAAAAAUCGAUCAGAAGGUUCGAGUCAAUGCAGAUAUAGUAGACGAGGCGAGAAGAAUCUGUCAAAGAUUACACGCCAUGGGUUGGGAAUCUGCAUUGUCUCUUCAAACUCACUCCUCUGAAUCUAAUCCUACUGAUCCAUUCUAUCGUCCUCAUCACGACGAUCCUUCUAGCAGAAAGCCAAAAGUGCUCUUGCCACCACCUCCACAGCUUUCGACUCGGAUUUCAAAGCGUGGUGCUGCUGAUUAUGUCAACUCUCAGAGUCUGUUGCGACGUUUGCAUGGAUUUGACAGUGGAACCGUCACAACCAUCACCUCUCAAAUUGAUGACGACCAGUUGACAGAUGAUGGCACCUUUGACAGCGAAUUCCUGGAGGAAGAGGAGGCAGCUGAUUUUGGAAAUAAUGGGGAAGAAAAUUGCGAGAGGUUCGAAAAUGGAAAGAAGGGAUCAAUGCUGGUAAUUUCAGAUCUCUGGUUCAACACUGGGCACCCGCGUUCCUUGAGCAACGAUUGCCUGCCACUUCAUGUUCCCGAGAUUGUCUACGGAGGAGAUAAAGAUAAGGAGAAAAAUCGAAAUAGGCGCCACAACGAUGGUGGUGUACUCGACCGAGACGUAAUUCUUCGUCGUGCAGCGAAUGUCAGAAAGUUCCUUCCUCCCGAGCUGCAUCCUUUUGUGAUGCCUGGCUGCUUCAGUAGUGUGUCUGCAACGACUACUUACGCAACUAGAAGCAGGGCAACCGUACUUUGUUCUACAAAGAAUGCACAAAAUGGGAAGUCGAAUGAACACCGCAGAGAUCAAAAGUGUAGACAUGUUCUCGUGGCUACCCGUGUAAAGGGAAUGAAGCGAUCGUCUAGUGAUCCUCUUCUCCCCAACUCCUCUGCAACGAAUUUGGACGUCAGUCUAAUUUGA